CUCGGCUACUUUGGUGUGAAUAUUCUACUUUUUUAAUAAUUUUGGACUAAAGUAAACGAAGCCAUCAAACAGGUUAAUAGAUAUUUAAAUUAGGAAAGGACCUAAUAAUAGAAUGAAACAAAAAAGAUGUGGAAGAAUAUAUAAUCUAACCUAAAUCUGUGCCUAAAUCAAAAUCAAUUUAAAUUAUUUACUCAUUCUUUCAUUUUUAAAUAAAUGUCUGGUGUGGGAUUAUCAUGGCUGGACAAAUAUUAAAUGUAACAAAAACAUUUCAGAAACUUACAAUAUCGUCUAGGUGCAAAUUAGUUGGUACUAUAAUAAAUCCCUUCAAAGAACAUGAACUGCAAGUUUUAAAUUCCAGCUCAACUAGAAACACCAAUUUUUUUAAUAAGCUUCCUGCCCACGACUUAUGGAAAGGUAUCACAUCAGUAAGUAAUGCUGGCAAAAAAAGAGGUCGUGGUAAGAAUGUCUCUAAAUCUAAGAUUAAAGAUUUAAAUAGAGGACAAGUGAUAGGUCUUGGAAAAGCAAAUAUCAUUUGGCCAGGUUUGUCUGCUCCUAUAAUCAGAGGAAAAGAAUUGGUCGAACAACAUCAAUUACCAGAAGAUCCUGAAAGGGAAAAGAAACUUGUUCAACUUAGGGAUCAGAUGGGUAUUGUUAAGAGACAGAAGUUGAGUCCAAUAGAAAGAGGUUGGUCUGGAUCCAAAAUGCCUGGAAGGAGUAUUGGAGGUCCUGAUCCUAUUGGAGAAGAUACUUUUGAAGGUUUUGACACAAAAGUACUGGAACUCAAAACUGUAUUUAACAUGAAGGGUAACUUAGGACGAAAAAGAAGACAGUCUGCUUUAGUUGUUACAGGAAAUGGAAAGGGCUUGGCUGGUUUUGCGUUGGCAAAAGGUAAUGAAGCGAGAAUAGCUCUAAGAAAGGCAAAGAACCGUUCUGCUCAAAAACUGAUGCAUAUAAAAUUAUUCAAAAAUCACACAGUUUGUCACGAUUUUUUCUCACAAUUUGGCUCAACAAAAAUUUUUGUAUCACAAAAGCCCGAAGGACAUGGUUUAGUUUGCCAUAGAGCCAUAAAAACUAUCUGUGAAGUUAUUGGAAUUAAAAAUUUACACGCAAAAGUAGAAGGAUCCACCAAUGUUGGAAAAGUUAUGAAAGCAUUUUUCUUGGGAUUGAUAAGUCAGAAAACACCAGAGGAAAUAGCUGAAGAAAAAAAGCUUCAUCUUGUGCAAAUUUGCAAAGAAAGUAACUACUUUCCGACCGUUAUAGCAUCUCCUACAGAAUGUCGAAAAGCACAAGAGAUACCUAAAGAUGAAAUAUUAGAUUUCAAACAAUACUGCUUUGAUGGUAAAGUUGUAUUACAAAAAAAGAAAUUCCCUCCAUUUUAUACGAAAUACAAAUCAUAUGAAAUUUAUUUGAAAAAGCAAGAAAAAUUUAGAAAUCAAGCUGAAGUUAAAAGAAAUUUGAUUGCAGAAUAUGGGGAAAUUAGAAGUUUUCUGACUGAUAAAUAUCCAGAAUGUAGGCAAUAUAGGAGAGAAAAGAAAGUAGAAGAAAAUGAAGAAGCGGAGGCAUAGUUAACUUAAGUUGUGUAUACAAAUUAAAUAAAUGUUAAUAAAAUGUUUUAAUUUUAUUGGG